AGUUUUGCCAACUUACUCGGGUUUACAAUGUAUCUAUAAAAAUAAGUCUACGGAUUUUGGCUUUUAACAUUUAAACCAUAGAAUUUGAUGGCACAUAUGACUAGCAAAGGAUACCAAUAACUAAUAAAAUAGAUAUUGUUUACUGUAUAAUUGACUAAACUGAAAAAAGGCUCUAUUGAAUUACUUAGUAAAAACAUAAAAAUAGAUGCUAUAAAGGUAAAGGUUUUAAGGAAUGAAGGAUACUACGGCUUGCCAUAUGUGUACAGGUUAAUAAGCAGUGAAGAUGUACCACUUUGCCAGGUCUGUAGUCUCCACAGGGGAGGGGGUUUGGUGAAUGCAGGAGUGGUCAGAGGCAGUGCGCUGGAUCAGACGGGAACACCGGGAGAGACACUGCGGAGAACUCAGCCAACCAAGUUUGCGGACAGCACAUCUUCAACCGGACUUCCUACAAUCUUUACAAUUAUGGACUUUUCCUAUGUCACGCUUGUUGCGCAACAGAACCUAAGGAUCUUUUGAAUUGGUCGUUUUCAUGUCUGUCUUUUCCCCCCGGAGUACCGAAAUAACAAUUUGCGCAUUUGAAGGUGAAAACUGCUCUUACUUUGGUAUGGAGGUACUGCAGAGGCAAGAUGAGUUCUGAUACAGAUCAUGCCGUGAACUUCUUGAGUAAUGCUUCCUCCGAACUGUCCGACGUGUCUAACUCGAGCUCCGCGGGAAACGGGACCGAACCGAGCUCGUUCAGACUCAGCCGCGCGCUUCCACUGGGUAUGGUUCUGGGCGCUUUUAUUGUGUUUGCUAUCGUGGGCAACAUUCUCGUUAUUCUUUCCGUAGUGUGCAACAGGCACCUGCGCAUCCCAACCAACUACUUCAUCAUCAAUUUAGCCAUGGCAGACCUGUUGCUGAGCACAACUGUCCUGCCGGUGUCUGCCACGCGUGAAAUUCUCAACUACUGGGUGUUCGGGAGGAUUUUCUGUGACAUCUGGGCUGCGGUGGAUGUGCUGUGCUGCACCGCAUCCAUCAUGAGCCUGUGCGUGAUCUCCAUAGACCGCUACAUCGGGGUGCGUUACCCGCUGCAGUACCCGAGCAUUGUGACCGAGAAAAGGGCGCUCUUGGCCAUGCUGGGUGUUUGGGUUCUCGCCUUUGUCAUCUCCAUAGGACCUCUGCUCGGGUGGAAAGAGCCUCCUUCAGAGGACGACACUGUGUGCCUCAUCACAGAGGAGCCGUUUUACGCGCUCUUUUCCUCGCUCGGCUCCUUCUACAUCCCUUUAGCGGUGAUUCUGGCCAUGUACUUCCGCGUGUAUAUAGUUGCCAAAAGAACCACGAAAAACCUCGAGGCUGGAGUGAUGAAGGAGCACAUGGACUCGAAUGAGCUGACGCUCCGGAUCCAUUAUAAAGGCUCUCAGACGCAGGAUGACUGCAGCAAAGGGCACUUGAGGAGCUCGCUGACAGUCAAAUUACUUAAGUUUUCCAGAGAAAAGAAAGCUGCUAAAACGCUUGGUGUUGUAGUGGGCAUGUUCAUUCUGUGCUGGUUACCUUUUUUCCUCGCACUACCAAUUGGAUCAUUUAACACCAGUUUACGGCCUCCUGAAACAUUCUUCAAAGUGAUCUUCUGGCUGGGCUACUUCAACAGCUGCCUGAACCCCAUUAUUUACCCCUGCUACAGCCGUGAGUUCAAGCAGGCCUUCAUUCGGAUCCUCCGGUGCCAGUGUCAGCAGAGAAAACAACAGGGCUGGAGGCCGUACAAUUACCGCGCUCAGAUGGGCUCGGCCAACCAGGCCUACACAGACACCAGCUCCAUUUGCAUGAAUGGCAGUCAGCAGACCCUGGCCCCAACGCACCCCAGCCCAACAUUGUUCAGCAGAGUUGUGGGCUCUCGUCCAGCAUCAGGACUUCUUCCAGGCUGGGCCCCCUGUACCUCCUCUUCCUCUUCCUCCCUAUCUGAGAGCCCUUUUCCUGGUAUGAUGAGAUCCAGCUCUAUGGCAACGAGUCCAUGCAAAUCUAACAGGAUGGCUUUGCUGUUCCCCAGUGGGCCCCAUUCCAAAGGACCUCAGCAUGCCAAUGGACAGAAUGGGAAGCGAAACGCAGAGCAUGGGGUGAUAUCUAGAAACACACCUGAGACUACUAUCUAGCUCGGUGUCAAUAGUGACUUAUAAGCCAGUGAUUUCUCUGUCUUUCAGUUCUUUCUGGACGAAUCUGAUACAUUAUUGUAGAUGUGAAAUACAUUUGGCAUCUUGUCAUGCAUGUCUACAAUGUUUAAUUUGAGAGUUGCAGUAGCUAUGUAAGGGAUAAUGUACAGUCAGCUGCUAAAUUAUUGCAAAAUCAACCCCAACAAGGUGAUCAGGAUGCAGACGUGAAUAAGUCAAUAAAUAUGUGGACUUGAUUUGAGAUAAUUAUUUUAGAAUUUGAUCUGCAUAUCGUCUUAAAGCUUCUGAUAACAAAAAAUAGUCCAUUGCAAUGUACAAAUCAAUUGACCUAAAAACAAGGAGAACACUGCAACAAUAUUACAGUACUAUCAGUGCUUGAAAUACGUUCUCUAUUUUUACCGUUAGCGUACCGCCAGCUUUCCUUGCGUCUUAGCUGCAGAUUUGUGGUGAAAAUGACCUCAGAGGACUUUAGUGUUAACAUUGUAGUCGGUGCUUGAAGUGGAAAAAUAUAAGUGCCGGUACUCCUGAUGCUCAGUUCAAAGCGCGUUCCUGAGGAAGGGAGGGUGCAGCGGGCUUCCGUACAUGCAGAAGUGCAAAUUAUUACCCCACUUGUUGAAGUCGCUAUCUGAUUGCCUAAUCUUAACCAAAGACUAUAGAUAUAGAAAGACAGUUGACUCCUAUUACUUAGGAAUGAGAAAAACUGCAACACGCAAUAGACCCAUAGACUGUGGAAUAGACCCCUUAAUCGCCUACGUCACUGUGACGUCACCGCUCUAGCUGGAGGCAAAACAUAAAUAAGAACUCAUAGCAGGCGCGCUAAAAGUUUGAGGUUUUGACUUUAAAAUGUCGUCUUGU